AAACAUGCAAGAUGUUGUUGCAACUGAAGAAGGGAGUGGGAGCCAGUGGAGUUUCCUCCCAAAACCAUCUCAUCAUAAGUUUGUUUAGUAUCUGACUGAAUCUUCAAACUAUCUGCCUAAGACCGAGGAUAUGAUUGGGAGCAAUUAUGCAUCUCUUGAUUUGGAAACGAUGCCAAUGGAACAAACAUGAUCUUUUGUAAAGAUCCUGGAAAAGCUUAUACCUUUAAAACUGAAGUUCAUUCUUCCAAUGAAGUAGACAUUGGCAAGGCAGGAAAGUCAGCAAGACUGAAUGUGUAUUUGAAUUAGCAUUUUCAAAUCUAAGUUGAGUGAAUAUGAAGAAUUGCGUUUCAUUGCAACGUGAUUUUGUUUGAAAAAAUUUCCUGCAAGAAGUGAUUUUGACAUAGAUGUUGUUUGUAUAGUAAUAUUAGGGAGCAAAGAUUUCACAAUAAUUGUACUCUAGUUUCUUCUAGUUGUUUCACUAUUUCUUGGUUAAAUUUGCGGCUUAUAAAUGUACAUAGAAUGAAUGAUACCCAAAUAAAGAUUUUAUUCUCUGUUUUCAGCAAGUGGAGUAUUGGAGACCUGCUGAGAGUGAAGUCCAGCAGGAAGCAAUGCAAUUUGAAAGUACUCAACAUCAUCAUCCCCUCUAUCGUGAGGUCAGUUAAUGCUUUAACAAGCAUAAUAUACUGUAUAGUUUUUAUCAUUUGAAGACUUUAUAAUAAUGAUUUCCAUUAAUCUUGUGCUAGACUCCUGCUUAAUGGACACCAGAAGCAAGUGGAGAUAAUCCUAAUGUUUCACAGCUUGAUCCAUCAGUAAUGGCUGGCACACCUAGUUUCCUUCCUAAACCAGGAAGAGGCUCAACAGCAAGACAGAAAGCCAGUGACCGACAACGCAGGCAACGAAUUGCUGAGCUGAAAGCACCACACGACUUGCUUCCAAAUCAAGAAGAGGAACUAAGUGGAAAUAGACUGCAAGCUGAAUCAACUGCUAUACCACUUGUUUUCCAUGAGGAGGGUUAUGGGCAUUAUAUUCACCAGCAGAAGUUGAAUGAACCACUUGAAGAGAUGAUGGGGAAACUGCUUGAAGAGCAUCCUGUAUCUGCCAGUGUAUCUGCCAGUCAGCUGCUGGAGAGCAAUGGUCUUGUCCUGCUGCCUAUGGAGUUGGUUCAAGACUUGCACCAAUCCACGCAAAUCUUCGGCAACGGCAAUGCACUUGUCCGAGUUCGACUAGUCAGGCCGGCAUGCACCAUAAAUCGGAGACAAUUUGACAACAUUAGUAGCUUACUAGCUCUAGGUAUUAGUAGACGAUCAUCUUCUUUCGUUUCAUAUGGAAAGUUUAGAAACUCUUUUCUAUAUGACCUUUAAUUACUACACUGCAAGAAGAUAUUGGAAUGUGCAUUGACAUGUAUGUAUUCAGUUUAUGUCUAUAGACUAUAUACUAACUCCCAUGGCCAUGCAUAUAAAUGCGGAAAUUCAUUA